UCUACGUGUCUACGUCGCAAAUUUCGGUGUAAGUUCCACACCAAUUGCCUUUCCAUGGUGGCGAUGCUGGUCAAAACCGAUGUGGAACGAUGUUUUACUGUAUGACCAAAGGAGCAAGAAGCCUCGUAUCGUUGAACAACCUCCGCGAUAAACUGUUCCAACGGCAACUGGAAACGUUCAGCUCCCGGUUCGGCCUUCAAAUCGUCCCUACCGUUGUCGGACAAAUCCGAUUCUUUUCGAUGUCGUCCAAACCGCCAAACAUCUUGGUUUACUCAAAGAAUGCUUCCGUGAAAAACUGCCUCAUCGAGAGCCUUCGAAGUACACUGGAAGCGGACACCUAUACAAUUUAUCCCAUUGUGGACGGUCAGGUGGAAGCGCAAGCAUGGCCCGAAAGUACCGCACUAUUGUUGAUUCAUGGCACUUUGGAUCGAAGUGUGGCGGAAGUGUUUCUAAACUAUUUUAUAAACGGAGGAAAGUUGUUGGGACUGUGUUCCGGUUUGGUGGAAGUGAUUUUGCCGAAUUUGGUCAAAAAUGAACGGCUCGGAACUGAAAACGUUUCGCUGAACUAUGAUCGAUGGCAAAAUGUGACAAUUGCCCAAGAAAUCCUUCAGUGGCAACCAAUCGGAAAUGAGGCUAAGCUCAGUGAGAUUGUAAAAAACAUGGCCGGGAUGGAGCAUAAGCUGGACGUGGAGAUAUUGACCCGGGAGAGAACCUUGAAUACUCCCAGCAUUUUUAGUGUGAAAAGUUUGAGCUCUGGCGGCGAAGGAAUCUUUACUCAAUUGAUUCUGACAGAACAUGAAGGUCUUGCACAAGAUGUCCUGAUGCAUUUGCUCAGUUCGUGCCUCAAAAUCAAAACUAAAGAGCAAGUAACGACACAUGCGGUAAUCAGUUACAAAAAUGCCUUUCUUCUGGGCAGUGUCGAUAGAAAGCGAAAGUUUUUAGACCUUCUAAAUGACACAAACCGCAUUCGUAACGUUCUCAAUCUGGGUGAACUUUCACUGCAAUUUUGCAGCAAAACUAAGAAGCUUUCGACUCCCUCGGAAAGCCAACUGCCGGUUCUGACCGAUCGUGCACCGGAGGAUUUCUCGACCGAUGCAUACUUAAGUCAUUUGAAAACGUCCCUGCUUGGUCGGAUAGCGAUCUACUGUCCCGUGAUAACCAGCUCGAUGGUAAUCGUCUCGAAUGCGACGCUGACCCAUGGCUUCGUGGCCAUACCACGGCGACAAAGUCGUGGCAGUGGCCGGAACAACAACCAAUGGCUAAGUCCGGAAGGAUGCGCCAUGUUUUCGCUACAGCUUCACGUUCCAUUGGGUAGUCCACUUGGACAGAGGCUGCCAUUGAUCCAACAACUGGUUGCGGUUGCCGUUGUCAAUGCCAUUCGAAGCAUGGCAGGUUACGAAAAGCUGGACAUCGGUGUCAAAUGGCCCAACGAUAUUUACGCAAAGGGUAGUACGAAAAUUGGCGGAUUGAUCAUCAAUUCACAGCUCUGCAGCUCGGAAGCAAUUGUUAAUGUAGGCUGCGGAGUGAAUCUCAGCAAUUCGAGUCCAACGGUGUGCAUUAAUGAUUUGAUUAGGGAAUACAACAAGGGUAGUGGGAUGAAAUUACCUUUGCUGGGGUACGAACAAACGUUGGCAGUGAUUUUCAAUGAAAUUGAAAAGUUGUUUAACGAAAUUCAGAGCGGGGACGAGCUGCAACCUUUGUACGACUUGUACUACAAAUACUGGCUCCAUGGUGGAAAAUGUGUCGUCAUCAAAGGAGACAAUGGUACAGAGAUGACUGGAACCGUCGUAGGAAUCGACGAAUAUGGCUACCUGCUGGUGAAAACCGACCAAAAUCCAAAGCCGAUCUGUGUUCACCCCGACGGGAAUAGUUUCGAUAUGAUGAAAGGGCUAAUCAUUCCAAAGUACUUUUAAAAUCUUGAUGAUAUAUUUAUUUUUAAAUAAAGUUGUUGA